GCACACAACAUAGAGAAAGAUAGAAAAAUCACUACUAACGUCAUUUAUACGAAUCUUGGUAGAGAUAGACAAAGCAAAAGUAAAAAAUAAUAAAAAAACAAAAAAAAAAAAAAGCGCGUAAAGGUAGACAAAGCAUUUUAAAGGAAACGCUCUUGUAUAUCAAUACUAAAAAAGAAUAUUAAACUUGAACGAAAUGACAUCGUCGGCGACAGCGGUUGAAGUACGCAAUGGCUACAAAUACUACGGUAGCAAAUCGAAUCCAAAAAUUGUGCUUAACUAUUUGAAUAUGAGCGUAUUGCGUGGUUCUAUCUACGGUUUAUUGGGUGCUUCAGGUUGUGGAAAAACUACUUUACUUUCUUGUUUAGUAGGUCAAAGGCGAUUGAACACCGGAGAUGUGAGAGUGUUCGGUGUAAAGCCUGGUAUGCCUGGUAGCGGUGUACCAGGUAUAAGAGUGGGUUACAUGCCACAGGAAAUUGCUUUAGUCGAAGAAAUGUCUGUUAGAGAAACUAUAUAUUACUUUGGUCGAAUCUAUGGCAUGACAGAUGAAAGGAUUUAUGAAAAAUUUAAAAAUCUGUGCAGUCUCCUCCAACUUCCGCCUACAGGUCAAUUAAUUAAGAAAUGCAGUGGUGGGCAACAGCGUCGCGUAUCGUUUGCCUGCGCCUUGAUUCACGAUCCCGAGCUACUGAUAUUAGACGAACCUACAGUGGGUUUAGAUCCUGAACUAAGAGAGAAAAUCUGGGAAUUUUUAAUAGAAACAACUAGAAGUAAUAAACUGGCUGUGAUUAUAACAACUCAUUACAUCGAAGAAGCUAGACAAGCGAAUUGUAUUGGUCUAAUGCGUAAUGGUGUUCUGUUGGCCGAGGAUACUCCAGAAAACAUUAUGCGCCGUUUCGAAGUUAACUCUGUGGAAGAAGCUUUUCUAAUACUUAGCCAAAGGCAAGGUGAUAGUGAUGUGAUAGAUGUAGCACAGUUACCAAGAGCUGACUACCAAGCAACGUCUGCGAUAUGUGAUGGCGUGGAAGUCAUUGACUCAGCAAUCGAGAAAGAAAGUAGUAUAAAAGAUCAAUUGGAAAUGGAAGAUUCGAAUAAGGAGCACAAAAUGAAAGAUCUUAGGGAAUGGUUAUUUAUAACUCGAGGGCGAAUAAAAGCUUUAAUGAUAAAAAAUUUUGUGCAAUUAUCUAGACAACCAUCAGGCGUCGUGUUUAUGUUAUUAUUCCCCUUAAUAGAUUUAACAUGCUUUUACUUAGCGAUCGGUCGUACUCCUCAAGAUUUAAAAGUUGGCCUUGUAAGUGAAGAGUUCUCCAAAUGGGAAACAUGUCACGAUCCUCAGCUAAGGAUGGUUAGCGCUUUCAAUGAAACAUGCUAUCUAAGUAACACGUCAUGUCUUUAUGUAAAAGAAUUGGAAGCAAUGAAUCAUAUAAACAGGAUUUUCUACGAUAAUCUGGAAGACGCUUACCGUGAUGCUAAGGAAGCCGAUAUCUUAGGUUACGUAUAUGUUCCUCAUAAUUUUUCUCAAUCUAUGCAAAUUCUCAUUGAAUAUGGACGCAAUGCCGACGACGAAGAUAUAGCUAAUGCUGAAAUUGCAGUACGUUUGGAUAUGACAGAUCGACAAGUGUCACUAUUUUUGGAACAGAAGCUAAGAGAAGCUUUUGGCAAUUAUCUGAAAACAAUAAUAAAUGAAUGCAACCUGCCCGCGUCUGUGGGCAAUUUGCCGAUUAAUUUUCAAAAACCCAUUUAUGGCUCAGAAGAUACAGAAUUUCAGCAAUUUGUAGCGCCAGGAGUAAUAAUGACAAUGGUCUUCUUUCUGGCCACUCUCAUGACAGCUUCAGUUUUCAUAUCGGAACGUUUGGAUGGUAUAUGGGAUCGUUCUUUAGUGGCUGGCGUUUCGACUACUCAAAUGUUAUGGGCACAUUUGUUUACACAAUUAAUCAUUAUGAUUAUACAAAGCACGGAAGUAAUAGUAUUCGUAGGUUUAGUCUUCGAUACUUAUAACAGGGGCAGCACUCUCCUUUUAAUAUUUCUACUAAGCUUAAAUUCAUUUUGCGGCAUGUUAUUUGGUCUUCUUAUAUCUGUUUGGUGUAAGUCUCAUACAGAAGCAAAUUUUUCCGCUACAGGUGCAUUUUAUCCAAUGAUUAUAUUGUGUGAGUAUUUCAAAAUUAUAUUAUAUAUUAUAGGCCUUCUGUGGCCCCUGGAAGGUAUGCCAACGUAUUUGCGCAAAAUUGUGGUGUUUUUCCCUUUUACAUUAUCCACAACAUCGGCACGGAAUAUAAUUGAAAAAGGCUGGGAUCUUACUCAUCCGGACGUUUAUAACGGUUUCUUGGUAAUACUCGCAUGGAUUAUCAUAUUCUUUAGUUUUUGUAUGAUUGGUACUAAGAGAAAUACAUAGUAUUUAAAAAUGGAAAAUAUUUAGAUAAUAAUCUCUCGCAUAGUUAUAAAAUUAAAUCUAUUUCUUUUUGUCUAACUUUUUAUAUUUAUAUACAAUUUUUGUUAAAAAAAUUCUUUCAAAUCAUAGGGAGAUGUAUAAUAUAGCUUUUAAAGUAAUUUUAUGA